UGUUCAUCGGCUGCGGACACUUUACGGCACCACAGAAGAAGAAGCGAGCAGCGGAGAGGCAGCAGGACUGGAGCAGCCCAGCAGUCUCAACCUCAUGCUUCGUCCCGGCCGCUUCUCCUCCUCCUCCUCCUCCUUCUCCUUCUCCUCCAGCCCGCAGUCGAAAACAUUGUGACAAUAUUUAUUCAUUUUAUUUUUCUAUUAUUUAGUAACAAAAACAACAACAAAAAAGAGGCAGGGGGAAGCCGGGGCCCGAGUCAUGGAUCUUUAUUGCCUGGAGUCGGACAUAGCCGUGAAAGCCCAGCCUGACCCAAACAUCCUCUAUGAUGACAGAGUGUUGCAAAGAUUAUUAACAAUUGAGGAGAGAUUUUUACCUCAAUGUUCAUAUUUCCAGCGGGUCCAGAUGGAUAUUCUGCCUUAUAUGAGACGAAUGGUUGCAGGCUGGAUGCACGAGGUGUGUGAAUCGGAGAAGAGUAACGAAGAAGUCUUCCCAUUAGCUAUUAAUUAUUUGGACAGAUUUUUAGCCGUUAUGCCCACGAGAAAAAGUUUUUUGCAGCUCCUGGGAGCCGUGUGCAUGUUCCUGGCCUCUAAGUUAAAGGACUGCAGGCCGCUAUCUGCAGAGAAACUUUGCAUGUACACAGAUAACUCCAUCACGCCACGAGAACUGCUGGACUGGGAACUGGUCGUGCUGGGGAAGUUGAAGUGGAACAUGGCCUCGGUCAUUCCCAAUGAUUUUAUAGAGCACAUCGUACGCAGGCUGCCCAUACCCAAAGACAAGCUGGCGAUGGUCCGGAAACACACGCAGACGUUCAUCGCCCUCUGUGCCACAGAUGACAGCCUUGCCAUGAAUCCUCCUUCCAUGAUUGCCACCGGCAGCAUGGGAGCUGCCGUCUGUGGCCUGCAGCUGGACCACAACGACCAGAGGCUGAGUCGAGACAACCUGACAGACCUGCUGGCCAAGAUCACCAACACAGAGGUGGAUUGUUUGAGGGCUUGCCAGGAGCAAAUAGAGCGCGUGUUGGCCACCAGCCUGCAGCAGGGCCAGCAGUACCGGCAGGAGACCGGCGUCAGAGCCGGCAACAAGGCCAGGGAGCAGCAAGACCAGUCCAGCACCCCCACAGAUGUGCGUGAUGUCAACUUAUGAACUCCCCUCGCCACGUGACUCACACAACACUCGUGCCUGCCUACAAAUGAACUGACUGGGAGUGAGCGGACAUGAGCUGCCAGUAUCAAGUCGCCCCUUUGAGUUGAUGGUGUGACAAUCUAUGAACUUUAGAAAUUAAGACAUCUCUUAAUUUCUUAAUUUUUCUUUUAUUAUUUUUUUUUUUUUUUUUGGUUUCUGUUUGCCCCGUUCACAUCUGGCCAGGUGUACUUCCACCUUUUUGUAUGGGCCACAUGUACCCAAACAAGCUAUUUAAAAACCAAUAGUAAAUUCUUUAAAACUUGAUAGUGCCUUAGGUUCCUAGAGCGGAAACCUGAAUAUAUUUUCAUACUUGAAAAAAAAAAAUAAAAUAAAUUAGCAUAAUUAUAUGAAAUAUACAUAUUUUUUGAUACAACCUAGCAAAACAGAUAUGAUUUUAAAAAUGUAUAUUUAGCUAGCAUUUAAUUAUGUUAAUCAUAUUUAGUGAGCAGUUAUCAAUUUAUAAAUUCAAUGGGGUUUUUCUCGUUUGAAAAUCCAUAUAGUAGAGAUUGAAAUGCUGAUAAUACAGUACAUGGCAUUUAGCUGAUAUACAGCCAGAGGAGUGCUACUGUAGCUAGCAGCUCUAUAUCAUACUGUGCACCUGUAGCACUGCUUACUAUUUAUGCAGGAAAGUGCUGGCCAGGAGUGGGCUGGGCCUGCUCACAAGAGGAAAGACAUGAAGAUGGUGUGGAGCAGUGGCCACUGUCUGAAAACGUCUCGAUUCCACUGCUAACGCCACAGACCGGGCUGUAUGUACACGAAUUUGUUGUGCUGUUUUAUUAUUUUUUUUGUUUUCCGGUGUUGCCCACACAUGUUAGAUCAGUUAGGAGUGUUUUAUUAGUUAGUUUUGGAGUGGGGCCGUUGCCUCAGCCAGGCGGUUCCGAUGUCAUGUUACUAGAGGCAAAGGGAGAUUUGGCAAGUUUUUUUUGUACCAAGUUUUUUGAGAGGAAACGGAAGCGGGUCGAAAAAAGGGGCUUCGCGAGUUUUUGGAGAUCGAAAGCAUGUUGAAAGUUGUCGAAAAGUCUGGGAUGAUGAACAGUGGCGAAACAGUGAGGAAGUUAAGCUUUAUGAUGUUUUCUGCAGUCGCGCGAUACUUGAGCGACACACAAGAAGAAUAAAAAAGAAGAAGAGGAGGAGGAGGAGGAGGAGGUAUAAUCUCUUGAUGUCCGGGGCGAUCGUUUUGGGCGUGCUGCAGUUUCUCUUGUUAUCAGUUCUACCAUUUUGUAGAGAGGGCGUCUUGGAACAAUAUCGAUGCACUUUUUAAACACACUCCUUAAGAUUGGUAAGGGGAUAGUGGUUGAGGAGAGUUCAGUUAGUUUUUUUUUUUUUUUUGGGAGGGGGGGUAUUUUUUUUUUCCUUUUUGGUUUAAGUUAUUUGAGUUUUUUUUUUUUUUUUUUUUUUUUUUUUUUUCUGGGCUGGAUUCCCAUGGGGUAACACCUGUCUUGAAAGCUACGCCCCAGCUACAUAGGAUAAUCGGUGUAGUAAGCAAACUAAGGAAAGACGAGUCACGUGUAGACUCGAGUCUUUUAUUUAACACGGAACUUGAAUUUUAUUUUUAUUUUUUUCCAUAUCCACCCUUCCAAUAGGUUUGUUCAUUGACUUAUAUCCUGUGUCCUAAAUAUUCUUGUUCGUGUUUUGUUCUUUUAAUGUACGCCUUCUCUCUGAACUGAAGUUUAAAACAAAAAAAAACAAAAAACAACUGCCAUUUGUGUUUUACACUUAUGUAAAUAACAGAUUUCUCGACGAGCAGAAAUUCUUGAAAUCCUCAUUACACUUUAGAACAGAAAAAGGUAGUUUGUAUUCGUGCAUGUUUGUGGAAAAAAAAUUAAAAUGUUGUGUUUUUCUGAAAAAAAAAGUGCUUUAAACAACAAAAAAAAAGCUUUUAAAAGUUUUUAUAAUUUGAAAGCAAUGAUUCCAAAGUAAGAAAAAUAGAUUGUAUAUGUCAUUCUCUUGCUGCUACGAAGCUUUUCUUUUCUAGUCUUACACAAAGAUGCCUUAUUGUCAUUCACUUGUGUGCUGCUAUAUAAUGAAAUUUUGUAUUUGCUUAUCUGUUGUAUAUGUACUGGAGGGAACGUAACACAGUUUGGUGCGGGACUGGAAGUACUUGUGUUUGAUUUCCUUGAUUAGCAUGUUUUAUUCUUUUAUUUGUAUCUUUAUACUCUUAUCAUAUUCUUGCUGCUUCUUUUGUUAUGUUUGUGUACCUCAGGUUAAUUUGGACGGAUAGAGCCCAUCUCAUCAUUACCUCAACACACCUCACAUCACACAUACACAUCGCCUUCACUCUUAAUUUGUUGAACGGGUUUCUCUUGUUUUUCUUUGUCGGAUGAGAGCAAGUUUGGCGAUUCUUCUACACGUCGGAAUAAGAAAAUGUCAGCCGCCAGAUCUCACUGAGUAGUCAUGAUUGCCUAGUUUUUAAAUAGGUUAUUUCUCAUAUCUGGUGCUACAAAAACAGCCUAUACCGUUUGUUGUAUGUAUUGGAAAGUCAAAAAAAAAAAAAGUACAUUUUUCCUCCUCAGUUACGUUUUGAUGAAUUCAUUGGAAGAAAGUGGGAUAUGUUUAUUUUUGAGGUACCCUUUAUUUUUCGGACUUUAAACCAUGAGAAUGUUUUUAUUGUUGUUCAGUGUGGUUGAUGCUCAGACUCCUCUUCCACCAUCCCCAUGUGCAACCUCACAGUGUACCUCAACAAUUUGUCCUCAAUAAAUUGGCUAAAAUCAA